AGAAAGAAAAGAAAAGAAAAUAAGUUUGGUUCCACCAAGGACAGAUUUCAUCAUCGAUAAAGAAAGCUGCUUCUCUGAGAAAGGAACUUGAAGAACAGAGCAGACCCACACAUUCUCUCUUUUCAUCUAGAAUGCCAUUUUUCAGACCAUUUCUAUCACUAUAGAUUGAAGGAAUGGAGGGCGGUUCAACCUGGGUUUAGUUGAAGCAAAAACAUGCUGAAUUGCCUGUUAUAUGCACGGAAAAAAUGGAUGUGGGAGGGGGGAAAGGGGAUAAUGUAACGGGACUUAAUGUUCUAUCUAAUAAGGGUGGUGAUAAUAAUUGGGAUGUAACUGAACAAUCGCCAGAGAUAGAGGUUGUUGUUAAUCAGGAUGAUGAUGGAGCUGGAGGGGGUAAGCCAUUCGUGGGGAUGGAAUUUGACUCAGAGGAUGCAGGCAAGUCGUUCUAUGAUGGGUAUGCAAGGCGGUUGGGGUUUAGUACGCAUGUUGGUCAGUUUAAACGUGCGAAGCCUGAUGGGCCAAUUGUAACAUGGGAUUUUGCAUGCUCAAGGGAGGUUUUUAAGAGGAAAAAUAUUGAAAGCUGUAAUGCGAUGUUUAGGAUAGAGCAAAGGGACGGAGGGAAGUGGGUUGCGACAAAAUUUGUGGAGGAUCAUAAUCAUUCUAUGGUUACUCCUAGUAAGGUUCAUUACCUUAGACCUCGUAGGCAUUUUGCUGGAGCCACCAAAAAUGUUCCCGAAACAUUGGAUGCCACAACUGAUGUUUUUGUUUCAACGGAUGGAAAUCAUAUUUCUUAUGAAGCAAAUAGGGUUAGGAGUGCCUCCUCUGUUGAACCUAAUCGCCUUGUAAGGAAUAUGAUGCCUGUAGGCUAUGUCAGACCUUCUAGCCAAAGGAGAAUGCUGGGGAGAGAUGCUCAAAAUCUCCUGAACUAUUUCAAGAAGAUGCAGGCUGAAAAUCCUGGCUUUUAUUAUGCAAUACAGCUUGAUGAUGAUAACCGAAUGACUAAUGUUUUCUGGGCUGAUGCAAGAUCAAGGACAGCUUAUAACUACUUUGGAGAUGCAGUUAUUUUUGACACAAUGUAUCGACCAAAUCAGUAUCAGAUUCCAUUCGCUCCUUUCACAGGCAUAAAUCAUCAUGGCCAGACAGUUUUGUUUGGUUGUGCAUUACUUCUAGACGAGUCUGAGUCUUCUUUUGCUUGGCUAUUCAAGACAUGGUUAUCUGCAAUGAAUGAUAGACCUCCUGUUUCCAUCACCACUGACCAAGAUAGAGCAAUACAAGCAGCAGUUUCACAGGUCUUUCCAGAAACUCGCCACUGCAUUUGCAGGUGGCACAUCUUGAGGGAAGGACAAGAAAGGUUGGCACAUAUCUACCUUGUUCAUCCUUCCUUCUAUGGUGAGCUCUAUGGCUGCAUUAACUUUUCUGAGGCAAUUGAAGAUUUUGAAUCAUCAUGGAGUGCUCUUCUUGAUAAGUAUGAUCUCCAUAAAAAUGAGUGGCUUCAGGCAGUAUAUAAUGCUCGUCAACAGUGGGCUCCAGUUUAUUUUCGUGGUACUUUCUUUGCUACUCUUUCUUCAAACCAAGGGGUUAGCUCCUUUUUUGAUGGGUAUGUAAAUCAGCAGACAACCAUACCACUUUUCUUUAAGCAGUAUGAAAGGGCUCUAGAACAUUCUCUGGAGAAGGAAAUAGAAGCAGAUUGUGAUACAAUCUGCACCACACCUGUGCUGAAGACACCAUCGCCAAUGGAACAGCAGGCAGCAAACCUUUACACAAAGAAGGUUUUUUCAAAGUUUCAGGACGAACUAGUUGAAACUUUUGUGUAUACUGCAAACAAGAUUGAGGGUGAUGGCAUAGCUAGUAAAUACAGGGUUGCAAAAUAUGAACAUGAUCAUAAGGCAUAUUUUGUUACCCUGAAUGUUUCUGAGAUGAAAGCAAGUUGUAGCUGUCAGAUGUUUGAAUAUUCAGGCAUUCUAUGUAGACAUAUAUUGACAGUCUUCACAGUUACGAAUGUUCUUACCCUCCCAUCACAUUACAUAUUAAAGCGGUGGACCAGGAAUGCCAAAUCUUGGGUUGGAUUGGAUGAUCAACAUGCUGAUCCUCAAGGUAUUGAGACUCUAACCACCCGCUUCAAUAGCCUAUGUCAGGAAGCCUUUAAAUUGGCAGAAGAAGGGGCAGUCGCCCCAGAGACUUAUAAUACAGCAAUCAGUGCUCUUAGAGAGGCUGGGAAAAAGGUUGCUUUUGUAAAGAAGAAUGUAGCUAAAGUCACACUGCCUAGCUCUCAUAAUAGUGGAAAUAGUCAUGAAGAGGGUAGCAAAAAGACUGCUUCUCCGGUUUCUGAAAUGGUCCCAUCUUUGUGGCCAUGGCAAGAUGCAGUGUCACCUCGCUUUAAUCUUAAUGAUGUUGGGGCUCCACUUGCUGAUUUGAAUCAACCUAGCAUGGUCCCUGUGUCUAUUCAUCGUGAUGGUGGUCACCCUGAUAGCACGGUGGUUCUCACUUGUUUUAAGUCCAUGACUUGGGUUAUAGAAAAUAAAAAUGCAAUGGAAGCUGGUAAAGUAGCUGUCAUAAACUUGAAGCUGCAUGACUACGGCAAGAAUCCUUCAGGAGAGACAGAAGUGCAGUUUAGGCUCACAAGGAUUACGCUGGAGCCUAUGUUGAGAUCGAUGGCUUACAUCAGUCAACAGCUCUCAACACCAGUCAAUAGGGUUGCUGUCAUAAAUUUGAAGCUCCAAGAUACAAAGACAACUUCUGGGGAAACAGAAGUAAAAUUUCAAGUGUCAAGAGAUACUUUGGGUUCUAUGUUGAGAUCGAUGGCAUAUAUUCGGGAGCAACUUUGAUAAUUUGUGCUUGAAUCAGAUAACAUGCUCUUCAAAAAGAUGUAUAAGUUCCUACAUGUGAGCUCAUAGCCAUUCUGAGCUCUCUCCACAUGUGGAAUGCUUGUUGCUGCAGUUCAGAUGCUGGUGGUGUGUGGCAUUGAGUCUAGUUACGGUAGUAUACUUCUUUAGUCGUAGCCAGGUACGGUAAUUUUUGUGACAGCAGCCACAUUCCGUUUAGUCGUAGGCAAUGUCAUUCUUGUCUCUUAACUUCUAGUGACAAAUGUGUAUUAGCUAUUUGUUGGAAACUCAUUUGUAAAUCUAAGUCAUGAAAGAAACAUUGGCUUAUUGGCCUGCUCCCUCUCAA